AUGUUGGAUCUCUUGGAUUAUUAUGAGAUUAGUACAGUCAUCAUCACUGCUAGAUCAGAUGUUUAUUUUGAUCAAACCAAUGGAGCAGAGAUUCGUAUCGGAAACUCCACUGAAAACAAUGGAAACAACAAUCCCAUAUGUGCUGUAACUUCAGGUUUUCAACUUGGUCAAACUAUCAGUUACUCAUGUGGUGUAAUGGUGGGACGUUAUAUAAAUCUGGUCAUGACUGGACGUACAAAUUAUCUUUCUCUCUGUGAGGUUGAGGUCUAUAAAACAGAAAAUGUAGCACGUAGAGGAACAGUUACACCUUCAUUAAAUCAAUACACCUGGAUACCUGAAAAAGCCAUAGAUGGUAUAAAAUAUGGAUCACCUGGUUCCUUUUGCUUCGCUAGCGGAAAUCAAAAUACUCCAUGGUGGAGGUUGGAUCUAAAGUAUAGAUAUGAGAUUGACACAAUAAUCAUCACUGCUAGAACAGACUGUUGUCCUGAUCAAACUAAUGGAGCAGAGAUUCGGAUUGGAAACUCACUGGAAAACAAUGGAAACAACAAUCCCAGAUGUGCUGUCACUUCUGGUUUUUCUACUGGUUAUACUCUCAGUUACUCAUGUAAUGGAAUGGAGGGACGCUAUGUCAAUGUGGUCAUGACUGGACGUGUAGGUUAUCUCACUCUGUGUGAGGUGGAGGUCUAUGGAAAAUGUAAUUAUAAAAAAAGCAUUUUGAAACUGAAAUUUCUCUCCAGUGUUGAUGCAGUGUCUUCGAGCGGUAAAAUCCUCUCUCAGCUGCAGUCUGCUAUGUCAUUACACAUCUCUAAUUUUAAUCUGUCCUGGACACGACCCCCUUAUAAAGAGAAAGUGACACAACCAGACACAGGCAAGUAA